AGAAAAUGACGACGGCCGCGGAUCCGAGCCUCAAGGUUUCUCCGAGCUUUGAAUGUCCCUUGAUGUACGAAAUUUCACACCACGGUGGCACAGAUACUAAUGUCAGAAGUUCGGUCACGGCAUGUAAGAAGGUACUUUGCAGUAACAGUUUGCUAGAAUCAACAGACUACUGGCUCCAGAAUCAGAAGACACCAUGUCGAAUUGGCAUCAUGGAGGACAAGAUGGACAAGAAUUACACCUCUGUAUGCUUUGUGAAUCUGGAUGCAGGCAAAGCUGAUUACAGCAGUGAAUUCGUGAAACAGAGAUUGGUCAAUAUCUCCCCAAAUCUUCCAAAGUUUAUUGCCUCAAUGAAUGUACAGCCACCAAAAGACAAUGAAAUUAUUUUCCUGAGUGGAUUAACUUCAGAAAAUCUUCAGGCUGAUUUUGAAGUGCCCGAGUGUUCUUGGCUGGCAGAUAUAUGUCUUCUUCAGUGUGCAAGAGGAAACCAAAGGAAGAACACAAGCUGCAUCAUCUUUGAAAUAAACAAGUUUCUGAUUGGCCUGGAGCUCGUGCAGGAGAAGCAGCUGCACAUAGAGGCUACCAGCUUGAAGCUAGAAGAUGAUACUAACUGCUCGGUAUCUUCAAUAGAAGAAGAUUUUCUCACAGCAUCAGAACACUUUGAAGAUGAGGAUGAUGAAUAUAAACAGGGUGAGGAAAAUCUGCAUCUUACAGCUGAAUUCAAAAAGUACAGAGAAGGAGAUGUUGAAGACUUGCAUUGCAAAAAGGCUCAAGUGCCCUUUUUUCUGAAGGGUAGCUGCAUUAGCCAUGAUAGCACAGCUUCUACUAGAUCUUCAGAAACAUCUGAAGAAGAAUAUAAUAGUGAUGCUGAAGACAAUGUUUUAGAAACUGUAGAUCAAGCCUUUAAGCAGCUUAAUUGGAAAGUUGGAAAGUAUAAUACAACUGGGAAAUGUAAGCCACUCUCCAGCACUGAUGAUCAGAAGGACUUUUGCAAAAAUGAUAACAACAAAUCAGAAAAUGUAUGUUCCACCAUAACAACUAAGGAGGAUGUGAUUUUAUUGGAUAAUCUAGCUUCAGGACAAAAAGGUCAUUUGGGCACAUUAAACUGCAGAGUUGAAAGAACACCUCAUCCUCUCAUUCAAAAUGAUCAGGCUCCCACAGGUCAGUUUGCUACAAAUUUGGCAGAGUCUGUCCUGCAAGAUGCCUUCAUUAGAUUGUCUCAGUCAACUUUUACCAAAGAAACGGCUCUCAGCAUCUCUGUCAGCAACCCCUUAACUUCAACAGCACAUGCAACAGAGAAUGAAAUGGCUUGCCGGUCAUGGAAUGCACUUCCCAAAAUCAUUAUUGUUCAGAGUCCAGAUGGUUCUGAUAAGUCUGAGUGGCCUGGGUCUAACUUUCCAAGCUUACAUCCUUGGUCUGAAGUUGACCAUUCUUCUGGUGCAGAUUUUUUCCAAGACAAUAAUCCCAGUAAAAGUACUCAGAGUCCUUUGGAGGUAGCUUUGGCUUGUGCAGCUACUGUCAUUGGUACCAUUUCAAGUCCACAUGCUGCAGAAAAGCUCAGAGAACAGGAAUCCCCGAGCUCUGCAAUGACUGUGGGUAAUCAUGAAGUGGAGGAAAAAACUUCCCGAAGUCCCAACAGUAAUUGUAACUCUCUGAGUUACUCAUUUCUACCUGACCUUUCAGACAUGGUUCAGAUGGCAAAUGUAGUUGCUGUUCAUGGACUUGGUGGAAAAAAAGAUAUGCAUCCUGUAACUUCAAGUGGACUCUUAUCUGCAGCUGAGACAUCAGCAGCUGUUACGCUCCAUUGUAGCAUAGCCAUUGGAAGCACUAUGGAGAAUCUGAACAAUAGCAUUGCACAAGUCUUGUUCAAAGAGGCAUCUCUAGUAUUAACCAGACCUCAUGCAUACAGAACUAUGGGAGAAUUUAUGGAGUCUGUAAAUGGAAAAAUAGUUCAGGCUGCGAGAAAGCCCUCUACCGCCCUCCUGGAUGAAGUCAUUGUUGAUGAACUUGCUCAGAAUUUGUCCAAUAUUAUUCUCAGGCAUACUGUGGAGGAAGUUAGAAAGAAACAACGCUCAGAAAAGAACAUAGAUGCAUGUUUUGAAAGCACACAAGAUAUUCUUACUGCAACUGCAAAUCAGCUUCUAUUUAAUGUAUUCUACUUCACUUGCAAGAAAAUGAAUGACAUUACACAGCUUAAUGAAUGCUCAAAUACUGUCAUUCCAGAUAAGUUUAGCAAACAGGUAAUGGACUGCCAACCAAAAGAGACAAAAAAUGAUGUAUUGCAUCAGUCCUCAAGCUGCUACAAUAAUAAGCUCACCAGUAAUUUCCAUGACAGGGAUGGUCUAUUAAUGACAAAUUUGGUGAACAAUGUCAAAGAGGAAAUUGUACCAAAUGCCUUGGAAUCUCUAUCUACAGUCAAUGCUCAGAGUUCAGCCUCCAGAAAAACAUCUUCCAAGAAAAGGUAUUUGAAAAGAAUUACAAAAGAAUGCUGCAGGCCCACAAAUCCAAAUAGCAAUCACAUGAAGGCAGAACUCUCUGCGUUUAGUGGCAGAGAAAACCAGACAAUAGGCAGUGAAGGCAUACAUGGUCUUCAAGAAUUUCUAACUUCCAGUGUCUCCAUAAUAACAGAAAAUCAUGAAGAGCCCACAUGUGAUGCUGUGUGGCACAAUGAAAGACAGGUUAGUGUACCUUUCUUGAGUAAUCAAGGUAUUCUGCCUAUCCGACCUCUGGUAUAUUUGAUGCAUCCAGCAGAUAAAUACUGCAUAACAGAUUUUGCAGAAGAAUUGGCAGAAACAGUGGUUUCCAUGGCAACAGAAAUUGCUGCCAUUUGCCUUGAUAAUUCAAAUGGCAAGCAGCCUUGGUUCUGUGCAUGGCAAAGAGGAGCUGAUUAUUUGAUGCCCCAGGCUCUGCCAUGUCGACCUAUGAAAAGGAAAAAGGAAACCCAGACCAGUGGAUCAACUGUGAGAAAACAUCGGCCACCUAGACUCAGUGAGAUCAAAAGGAAAACUGAUGAACAUCCUGAAUUAAAAGAAUGGCUUAUGAAUAGGGUAGUGGAUGACUCAAUUAACCUUGAUGACACCCUUGAUUUGAGCAAUAACUUUGCAAAUGAAGCUGCUGCUAAAAUUAUAAAUUUAGCUGAGUUUUCUGUGGCUGAUAAUGUAUGGCAGAAUCCAAGCCAUCCUCAAAAUAGGCUCCAUUGUGACCGAUGGAAUAGAGUCAAUGCAUCCAGCUGUGAAAGCAUUCCUGAGGAGGACUUGGAUUCUAAAGGGUCUCUAAAUACUUUGGCUCUCAUAAAUACUUUAGGACAGCCAAUAAGCAGGACCAGUUCAGUCUCCAAGCAGUCUAGCUGUGAAAGCAUUACAGAUGAGUUUUCAAGGUUUAUGGUCAACCAGAUGGAAACUGAAGGCCGAGAGUUUGAUUUAUUACUUGACUACUAUGCUGGAAAAAAUGCCAAUAAUAUUAUUACAUCAGCACUGCAACAAGUCACCCAAAAAAAUGGCCACCUCAAUGUAAAGCCAAAUUGCCCAUCCAAACAGUCAAGCACCGAAAGCAUAACUGAAGAGUUUUAUAGGUACAUGUUAAGGGAAAUUGAAAAAGAACAUAAAGAAAAAGUAUAUUCUGCUAAGAAUGCAAAGGAAUGGAGCAGCAGCUUAUUACUUCCCUCUCAACGAUCAUCUUUUUGUUUCAGACAAUCUUCAGUCCCUGACAACAGAUCCUCAACAUCUAGGCUAACAGUAAAUAUGCCCAUUAAGGCAAAUUCAUUAGAUGGCUUUUCUCGUAGUGGCCACCAGGAUUCCUUAAAUGUCUAUCCAGUCAACACAGCGUCUUCUUCAGGACUCUGUAAAUCAGAUUCCUAUCUGUACCAAAGAUGUAGGACUGAUCAGGUAACUGACAUGCUCAUUCACGAAACCUGGGCAAACUCCAUUAAAGCUCUGAUGUGCAAGAACAAAAUAAUUCUAGAUAGUGGGGAGGUUGCACAGCCUGAACAGCAUCCACCACAUGUUCAACAAUAUGCACACAGGCUUGCUGCAAAUAUUGUUGAAAGUGGGAAAACUUUAAUUGCCGUCCACCAAGAUUCCACAAAGAAAGAUCAUGUCACAGAAAGCAUCCGUGUCCCAUCAGGGAUGCAAAACAACCCAUUUGGAGACAGAAGAUACUUAGAUGAGAAAGAACAGCAGGCCUCAUUCCCUGGACUGUUUUCUAUAAAACACACGAGCUCGUCUUCUUGCCUCAGGGAAGUGCCUUUAAUCCAGAUCGAAACAGAUCAAAGACAAGACCAUGAUAAUGCCUCAGAGCCUUUAAAUGGAAUUAAUGUUACCUCUGGCAAAGCAAGAGAAGAUCUAUUCAAAGGGAAACCCAUAGAUGCUGAUUCAGGACAACAUUUGACAGUGUGUAGUUGCCCUGACUCUGAAGCCUCUGUGGACAAUACAGCAGUGGAAGAGUUUCCAGUUCCACAUAGCAGCAGUGAAGAAAGUACAUGUAGCAGCUGGUGCCAGCUGGCAAACAAUCCAGAUGAUACAAGCAGCUAUUUGCAACUCAGCGAGAGAUCUAUGAGCAAUGGCAACAGCAGUACCUCUAGCAGUCUUGGCAUUAUGGAUCUGGAAAUUUAUCAGGAAAACAUACCAUCUUCUCAUGCAUUUAAUGAAACAGAAGGAGGAGUUUUCUGUGAGAAACUACCAGAAAAGAUAGAAGCAUGCACGUCUGGGUUGACUGUUGAAACUACUAAUGAACAGAAAGAUCUCUUGGUGAUAAACGUGGAUCUGGAACCAGAAUAUCCUGAUGCAGAAUUGCGUGCUACACUUCAGUGGAUUGCUGCAUCUGAGUUUGGCAUACCCAUGAUCUAUUUUAAGAAAUCCCAGGAACACAGAAUUGAAAAGUUUUUAGAUGUUGUGCAGUUUGUGCACCAGAAGUGCUGGAAAGUGGGUGAUAUCUUUCAUGCUGUGGUACAAUUUUGCAAGCUCCAUGAAGAAAGUAAAGGGCCAACUCUGAGCCUCUUUGACUGGCUUCUUGAGCUAGGAUAA